CGACGAUAUUGUGAGAGAUAGGGACGUGAAAGGAAAAAGUUAUGAAAUUUGUAAAAAUAUUGAUUUUGUGUAUUUGCUUUAUAUAUACUACUGAAGCGUUUCACAACUUUCGGAUCAGUGAAAGAAAAAAGCACUAUCAAAUUGAUGACCUGAAAAAGCGACUAAUUCACGAUAAAAAGAGUUCCGAUGACAUCAGCAGUAACAUAAUUCCGCCAUAUAUUCGCAAAUAUAAUCGACGUUUUAAAUCAAUUUAUGAGUCGAUGCAUAAAGGCAGUCCGCAUGAGACGAAUAUGUUGAUGAAUUAUGAGAAGAAUUUCCGGUCAAAGAAGAAUAAUGGAAGGGAUAAGCAUGUUUACGGACAUUUUGAGAAAUAUCAGCACGACCAAAUUCAUACAAAUGAGAUUCCCGAAAAUGACAUUUUAAGCGAGAUUAUUCACAAAAGUGGACAUCAUAAAAAACAUCGUCAGCAUCAUCAUCAUCAUCAUCACAGUAAUAAGAUCAAAAAGUUAAGAACAAAGCCAGAAGCCGGCAUAAUGCAAAAGAAGAUAAAGAUAUAAAAGUAUGUUAACAACUUAACACAUAAUCUUUGAUUUAUGCACCUGUUAGAUCUCCUAUAUUUUUGUUUUGGCACACUUACAAAGUUUAUAGACCAGAAAGGAAGCGAGAGAAGAAAGCAUAGAAGUAGAAAAAAAUUGUAUAAAUAUUAUAAUAGUCUCAAGAUUAUAGCUUUAAUCCUCAUAAGUCUCUAAAUAAUCCUAUACGCUAUGAAUAAAAGUC